UCCAGUAUUUCAAAAAUGUGGUCCUUGUCGCUUCUCCCCAGGAUCGCUAUGUGCCAUUUCAUUCUGCAAGAAUCGAGAUGUGUAAAUCUGCCUUGAAAGACAGACAUACAGGUCCUGUUUAUACUGAGAUGAUCAACAACCUUCUGCAGCCCGUCGUGGGAGCAAAGGAUUGCACAUUAAUCCGUCACAAUGUAUUCCACGCCUUGCCAAACACAGCUAAUACGCUGAUUGGACGCGCUGCCCACAUAGCCGUGUUGGAUUCUGAACUAUUCCUGGAAAAAUUCUUUCUCGUGGCAGGACUCAACUAUUUUAAAUAAGACCGGGAGUCUCAGGGGAGCAGAGGAUGCUUUGCAGAAAACGGCCACCAUUUCUGAAUGAAGGGAGUGCUAUAUUACCAGGAAAAGAAAAAAGAAAUGGCAUAAUGGUGGCAUAGCACGCACAUACUCAUACCCUAUUUAUGUGGGGAAAGAAUCAAGUGCUUUAGUUAUUAAGCAUUCAAAGGGCCAACUCUUGGUGCUUUUGAGAAGAUGGAAAUGUCUCCACAUUCAGUUUCUUUGUCCUUCUAGAAUCUAGAAUUGGUCUUCAAAUGUCGAGAGUUGGAUUCCAGAUCUGGCUCUUUAUAUCUGUGAUGGGAUCAGUAAUGUUUUUCCCCUUGUCGCCUUCAUUAGAAAACCCUCCUAAAUCUAACCUUGGUUAAAUGAAUGUUGAUUGCUGAAUAGGCUUGCCGUUUCAAAUGGAAACAAGCACCAAGCCCUGGUAAAAUGAAAACUCAGUAAAAUCUAGUUGUGCAUAUAACAUGGUACAGGCACAUGAUCAUGUCCUGAAUUUUAAGAGUAAGGGGCCAAGAAAGAAUAGAACAUAGCAGAACAGAAUGGAAAGCAGAGUUGGAAGGGACCUUGGAGGUCUUCUAGUCCAACCAACUGCUC